AUGGCUGCCCCAAUUUGGGCCCUGCUCUCCAAGGCUGCAGGCCUGGCCAUCAGGCAGGCAGGCAGGCAGGGACAGAGCAGCCCUUGGGGCCGAUGCUGCAGGCCAAGAGCCCUGCAGAGGUGCUCAUGCCCGGUGCCAUUGGCUCUGUCCCCUGCAGCAUGCAUGCUGUGUCACCGCACGGAGGCCGACCCGGACAUCUGCGGCAACAAAGUGGAGAAGUUUGGGCUCUGUGCCCACACGUUCUGCCUGUUUUUUGCCACUCUGCUUUUUUCGCGAGGCAACAAUCGUGUAGGACUCCUGGGCUUUCUGCCUCAAGAUAUCCAACUUGCAGUCAGGCGGGCAGCACAGAAGCACUGCUGUGUCUGCGGCCAGAGCGGGGCCACCAUCAUGUGCUGCGAGGAAAACUGUGACAGAUGGUUCCACCUGCCCUGUGCCAAGGAAGGCGGCUGUGUCACUCAAUAUAUUUCAAAUUAUAGCUCCUACUGCUCUGAGCACCGUCCAGAGCAGGACGUGCAGGAGACUCCAGAGCCAGACACCAAAUGCCCCAUCUGCCUGGAGCCUGUGGAGGAUAGAAAUACCUUCACCACCAUGGUGUGCCCAGCGUGCAAAAGGGCCUGGUUCCACAGGGACUGCAUCCAGGGACAGGCCAUGCGCUCUGGUCUUUUAUGCCUCCAUUGCCCCCUCUGCAGAGACCUUCAAGAAUUUCUUGUACAUAUGUUCAUCAUGGGGAUCCGCGUCCCCUUCAGACUGCCAACAUGGGAGGACAACGAUGCCUUCGCCGACCUAGAAGAGAGGCACAGCUGGUGCAAUGCCAGGAAAUGCCUUUACCCAGGAGGCAGGGAGCAAGCAGAGGAAGAGGGGCCCUGGGAACUGCUCCUAUGUUCCUCCUGUGCUGCUGAAGGCACCCACAGGCGCUGCUCUGGCCUGACAGCAAAGAGAACUAGUUGGGAGUGUGACAGCUGUGCUGGUCUUGGCACAGCCCCCAGGGAUGUGCCAGAGAUCAAUGGCUGCAGCCUGGCUGGACAGUCACGACUGGGGCCUUCUCACAGUUCUCCAGAAUCAGAGGACGGCAGUUCCAGCUCCUCCAGCCCGGGGCCAUCAGGUCUGGCUCCCCAAACUUUGCCUCUAGAGACCCACAGCCGCAGCAGACGCCGACGUGCAGCAUCACAGCAGUUGCUGCCAUAUUCCUCUCGGAAGAGCAGAAGCCGCAGCGCACACAGGGAGGCAACACCAGGGUCAGAAAACCGUAGAUCCUCAGACCCUGAGCACAGGGUCCGUUCCAGAUGUGCUGGGCCUGACUGCAGGCGAAACCGCUCUCGCCAGCAAGAGAGACAACCAGCAGCUGCAGCAGACUGCAGCGUUCCUGCACAGGAACUCAGGCUGACAGCUGCCAUGUGUGACAGGAAGGAGGAGGCCCCUGAUGCCAGGGAGCCAGCAUGCAUGCUGUGUCACCGCACGGAGGCCGACCCGGACAUCUGCGGCAACAAAGUGGAGAAGUUUGGGCUCUGUGCCCACACGUUCUGCCUGGCAACAAUCGUGUAG